AUGGCUUCUUUCAUUGAGGAGUACUCAUGUCCCGACCCUCACGGUUUGAAUGACAUUCGAACGAAUAUUGAGAUCAAACAGCAUCACACCUACAAGAUCUACACUCCUGGUGAUCUCAUAUCGGGCCACUUUACAAUCGAAACCCCGUUUGAUGUAGAGGUCAACAGUAUCGACAUUUCAUUCCUCGGCAGUACCGCAACAAGGAAUUAUGUGCAACCCGAUCCAAUCUACGCAACGAAGCCUUUCAUGAAGCUUUGCAUGCCGAUAAACGACUCUUCCUUUCCAGAUAGACAUGUCUUCAAGACUGGCACAGUCUACAGCAUUCCGUUUCACUUCGUGGUGCCUUCUCAGCUCCUCAUGGGAUCUUGUCGUCACGGUUGCAAAAAUUCGGUAGUCCAGGAGCGCCAUCUCCGGCUUCCCCCGUCCAUGGGUUUUUGCCCUGGAAAUGACCAGAGCCCCGAUGAGGCAAGAGUUGUCUACAGCAUUGUUGUUGUUGGUUCCAAGAAAUUCUGGGAAGCGUCUGUACCGAUUCGCCUGUUUCAAGCGUACAAGACAAUCAGGAUCCUUCCGACAUGCCCUGAAGACGCGCCACUCGACAUUUCCCCAGCGAAUAGCCAGUAUGUGCUUUGCAAGACGCAAAGUCUUUGGAAGACUUUUUUUGCGAAGAGAGAAGGCGAGUUGACGGCCGUGGCAUCACAGCCCAACGCUGUGAUGCUAUCAACCGAUGGAUCAACAGCAUCGACAUCCUACAUACGGCUGCAUUUGACUUUCAGGCCGGUUUCUCUCAUCUCCCCACCUCCUAGUAUCAAGUCAGUAUCCGGAAAACUCAUUUCUACGACGUUUUUCCAUAUUCUACCACUUACUCGUCUCCCGAGCCUUGAUACAUGGAAGAAGAACGAGGAUCCACCAUUCAAACACACGGCAACUCAUAAGCUAUUUGACCGGCAAGUUGAGAAACUCCAAUGGACAACUGAUGGCGAUGGAGCGGAAAUGGAAGAACGGCGCUCAUCAUACCCGCUGGAUAAUUCUCAAACGCUCAAGCGACCUGAGAGCUUGAUCCACUAUCACACCAGCGAGCGUCCCAGCCAGACUCCAGAGCCGAUUCUUCUCAGGACAGAGAUGAGCAUUCAGUUCACCAUCCCACACGGCAACACCAAUUUCUUCCUGCCGUCAUUUGAUUCAUGCCUUGUGUCGCGGGCUUAUUCAUUGCGGCUAGCCAUCUCUCUCGGGGCCACACACACGAAUCUCAUUCUCAAGCUGCCGCUUCAAAUUGGUGUCGAAGACGCAACACCUCGUACUUUUCGUGUUGGUGAAGGGGUGACAGAUGCAGAGUUAUCUGCAGAGAAUCAGCUGGAACGGGAACGGGAUCGUGCGCGGUCGCUGGCUGCGGCUGGGUACAACGUACUGCCGGGGUAUUCGUCGACUUUCUGA